GGCGGUGAUCGCUCGUUGCACGAUUCAUAAAAGGAGCCAGUGAGAAAGUUUAGCCGCCACUUCAUCUGGAAACAGUCAACGUGCCGGUUCUGGUGUCCAACAGUUAGUUAAAAUGUCUGACUGGAUCCGUGUCGUCGGCACAUUGGUGUUUUGCGCACUUUGUUUAAACGCGGAAGUUAGAGUAAAUCAGCCGCCUUCGAAGUCCGCCUCCCCAGGACAAAACGUGCAAUUGACCUGUACCCUGUCUGGCUCCAGUUCAGGCAUCAGCUACAUGUCCUGGUACCAACAGAUUCCUGGAAACACUCCCCGGCUUCUAAUGUACUAUUAUAGCGGCAGCACUGCCAAAGGUCCGGGAAUCCCAGACCGUUUCUCCCUCUCAGUAUCAGGCAUGACAUCGACAUUCACAAUACCCAACGUUCAAUCGGAGGACGCUGCGGACUAUUACUGUGCUGUGUGGGUAAGCAGUGCAGUCUUCUUCGGCAAAGGAACGAGGCUGGGUAUUGGAAGUCCGCGGGCACCUGUCCUGACUGUUCUGCCGCCUUCAGCGGAUGAAGUUACGGCAAAGGGCACCGCCACCCUGGUGUGUUUGGUGAACGGGUUUAAUCCGGGCGCUGUGAACAUUGAGUGGACCGUGGACGGCAGUGCGAGAAGCAGUGGCGUUGAGACCAGCCCGAUCCAGCAGGAAACGGACAACACCUUCAGUACGAGCAGCUACCUGACUGUUCCAGCCCUGGAGUGGAAAACACACGAACUUUACUCCUGUGUGGUUCAGCACGAAAGUCAAGCGAACCCAUUUAAGGCGAACAUCCAGAGAUCCAGCUGUAUCUGAUGUCGGAAGUUUGUGAGCUGAGACCGAAAAAGUUUGAUGAUCACUAUUCAGUUCUUUCGUGUAGCAACAAGGUAGAAAUAUACUGGACUUCCGAGUUUGAAUUAAAAAAAUGCAAUUUGAAGUGAAUACUUUGAAUAUUAUGACGUUUUCUCUUUACAUGCAGUUCUGCAGAAAGAUUGUAGAUGUUGAUUAAAGCAUCAAGAUGACUUAAUAUUGCGUUUGUGCAUUCAAUAACGUUAACCAGUGACACGGAUAUUGCUGUUAUAACCCAAGUAUUCUUCAUAGCCGUUGAAUAAAAUAAACGAAAGGAUCACAACUGCAA